CACUACCCACAUAAUUCCAAUUGUGCUUGGGCAAUUUCUCGCUUAGGGCGCACACAAUCGAGAUUUCACGAAUUUGUGGCUCCCUCUUCCUCCGACUUGGAACUCCCACGAAGACAACGACCAACGACAACGGCAACGACUUGAUACCAAAAUGGCCAUCAAGCACAACCAGCAGAUCCCGCACAACCAUUUCCGCAAGGAUUGGCAGCGUCGGGUUCGCGUUCACUUCGACCAGCCAGGUCGCAAGCUUAGACGCCGCAAUGCACGUCUCUCCAAGGCCGCCGCUGUUGCCCCUCGCCCAGUGGACAAGCUGAGACCAAUUGUCCGCUGCCCAACUGUCAAGUACAACCGCCGUGUCCGUGCCGGACGUGGUUUCUCCCUUGAGGAGCUGAAGGAGGCCGCCAUCCCACGCAAGCUUGCUCGCACCAUCGGUAUCUCCGUCGACACCCGCCGCCAGAACCUUUCCGUCGAGUCCCUCACCCUGAACGUCGAGCGCCUCAAGGCUUACAAGGCCCGCCUCAUCCUUUUCCCAAGAAAGGCUGGCCAGGCCAAGGCCGGAGACGCCUCCAAGGAGGAGGUCUCCGCCGCCCAGAAGGAGUACACCAAGAGCACUAAGGCCGCAUUCCCCCACGCUGCCGCCGUUGCCGUUACCGAGAUCAAGAAGAGCGACGUCCCAGCUGCCGUUGAGGGUGGUGCUUACAGAAAGCUCAGAGACUCGAGGAGCGAGCAAAGAUACGCCGGUGCGCGUGAGAAGCGGGCGAAGGACAAGGCUGACGAGGCUGCUGCGUCUAAGAAAUAAAUGUGAGGGUAUGGGCAUGGUGUUUUUGCAAGUCUGGUUGUGGAUCUGCAUCAGAUUAUUGCAUUCAAGGAUUGCUUAGGUGUACUUUCAUGAAUGCAAAGGGCU